AUGUCUGCUCAUGGCGACAUUUCGGCCUAUGCCAACCUCUCUCAGGACACCCGGGCUUCGAAGGGACUCGCCGCUUCUCGCUGGGCUACUGGUACCAUCGACGAUCAGAAGCCGAAUCAUCGCUUGGUGACCGUCAAGGCGGCAACCGACAACGCAUCCAUGACGACGACCAACAGCCUCGCAAACUCUCGUUGGGCUCCUGGUGCCAUUGAUGACCAGGAGAUGGCGAACCAGCAGAUGAACAACAUUCAGGCGUCAACCUACAAGGCGCCCAAGCCGACGACCAACGGUCUUGUCAACUCACGAUGGGCCGCAGACGCAGCCGAGCCGUAUCAGUCUCGCAACUACAACAAGGAUACCAAGGCCCAGCAGAAGAAAUACACGAACUCGAUGCUCAAGAAGCCUUUCCGAGACUAUCACGACCACAAGACUACUCCCACUACCAACAUGACAAACGCCAUGCCUCGUCGCAUCAUCGGCCCUCUCUCAGAGGAGGAGAAGACGGUGAAGAUGGAGAACCCCUUCUUCAACCCGGAGAAGCACAAGGGUCUCUCAAGCUCUCGCUGGGCGGACUAG